AUGUUCAAGAACACGUUCCAGUCUGGUUUCCUCUCAAUUCUCUACAGCCUUGGGAGCAAGCCUUUACAGAUAUGGGAUAAAGAAGUUGUCGAUGGCCACAUCAAACGAUUGCCAGAUGAAGACAUACAAUCUAACAUUCUCGAAAUAGUUGGGUCAAAUGUCCAGUCUACUUUUAUUACAUGUCCAGCGGAUCCCAAUGCAACACUUGGUAUAAAGCUACCAUUCUUAGUCCUGAUUGUGAAAAAUAUGAAGAAGUACUUCACGUUUGAAAUUCAGGUGCUGGAUGAUAAGAACGUCCGCCGAAGAUUUCGAGCUUCUAAUUUUCAAGCUGUCACACGAGUCAAACCUUUUAUCUGCACCAUGCCCUUGAAACUGGAUGAGGGAUGGAAUCAAAUCCAGCUGAAUCUCACUGAUUUGACUAGACGAGCAUAUGGAACCAACUAUGUCGAAACACUGAGAGUUCAGGUUCAUCCAAAUUGCCGUCUAAGGAGGAUAUAUUUCUCCGACCGCCUUUAUUCAGAGGAGGAACUCCCACCAGAAUUCAAGCUGUACCUUCCUAUGCAGCAGAAGAUGUGA